UUUGUUCCCGUUAGUGGGCCAGCCGAAAGGUGGUUUAUCCAUGGCAUUUGGCAUGAGGAUGAUGUAUCCUUAUUACAUGUAAAAGUCAAAAACCCAUUACUGGCCAGUAGGCCUGAACAACUAAGGCUACAUCACUGCCUCCUCUCUGUUUUUCCAUGGCGGCAAUAGAAUCGUGGCGGAGAGCUCGAGAAUGUAGGGGCACAUCGACGGCGAUUAUGGAGUUGGUCGUGGCUGUUCCAGUAGUCAACAAAGCUAUAUUUGAAGUCAAAAUGUUUCGAGUGGACAGCCUGGGGUUUAGGUCACCAUCGCCGCCGCCGGCGGAGAUCAGAACGACGAGCACACUGGACAGUUACGGAAAGAGCAACUUCCGAUCAGUGAACCUUUCGACCGGCUUCCGCAACGCAAUCGAACGGAUCAGAACGAAUGUCGGUUACUUUUGCAUGAACUACGCCAUCGUCGUCCCUUUGAUCCUCUUCCUCAGCCUCUUCUGGCACCCGAUCUCGCUGAUCGUCUUCAUAAUGGCCGCCUGGCUCUUCCUCUACUUUCUCGCAACGAGCUGCUUGAUUGACGACUGAGUUGUGCUGAUCGUGCUCUCGGUUUUGACGAUCUUGUUUAUGUUCCUGACUCAGGCGACGGACAACAUACUGAUUGUGCUGAUUGCGCUUUCGAUCGGAGUGGUGGUUGUUGCGGUUCACACAAGGAAGACCGAAAACUUGUUUGGGGACAAAGAAAUCAUGGGAACCGGUGGAUUUUGACCAAAACUGUAAGCCGUAGUAUUAAAAAAAAAACUCUUAUUUUAUUAUUUUCAAAAUUGGAUUUAUGCUUUAACCAACUCAUCAACUCAUUUCAUAUAUAGGGGAUUUUUUGUCUUUUAAGAUUACAAAUAUUCUGUAUUAAAAAAUUGAGAGUAAAAUGGUCAUUUAGCAUGUAUCAAAAGUCAAAAAGUAAGUUCGAGUAUAAGUGAAAGUUAAAACCAAAAUUUUCAUCGAGCUAAAAAUAACAUAACAUCAGGAGUCUUAUUGUAA